GAAGGGCAGGCCCAAAAGUUGUAUUCAUUUCAUUUUCACUUUCACUUCUGCCGGGGAAUCGAUUGGAGCCUCUUAUUUGGCAAACGCAAACUCAUCAGAAAUUUGUAUUUGGUUAUUAAGAAAAGAGUGGCACAGUGGUGGAAUUGCUGUCUUACAAUGCCAGAGAUCUGGGUUUGAUUCUGGCCCGGACUGCUGUCUGUUUCGGAAUUUGCACGACCUACCUGUGACUGUGGGAGUUUUCUCUGGUACUCCGGUUUCCUCUCACUUUCCAAAGACGUGCAGGACAUCAUUAUUUUCGUACUGCAUGACGGUUCAUUUACAUAUAGCAACUGAUUGACCACAUUGAUUUUUGAUGAGUGAAAAGGAAAACUGCAAAAUCUGUUAAAAAUCAUCACACGUGACGGUACCACAGAAACCAGCAUCCAGAUGGCCACCGCCAAAUACCUAAAACUAAUAGGAUUCAUCACGGCUAUUGGCCUUUCAGUUGUCGAGGCCCUGAAAUAUGACCAGAAUAACGAGGAGGAGCCAGAUUUUCCCGUCACAUCUGACGGGCAGCGAUUUCCCUGGAACAAAAUAAGAUUGCCUGAUACCAUUGCGCCAGUGCAUUAUGAACUGCUUAUACAACCAAAUCUGACCAUGCUGAACUUUUCUGCAUCCGUGAGGAUUGAGGUUUCCCUUGGAAUGGACACCAAUUCCAUCAUCUUGCACAGCAAAAAGCUGGAAAUCAUCAGGGCAACCAUUGCACUGUUGAAAGGGAAUGGAUCAAUUGGACCAGAAAGCAACCUACAUCUAUUGGAAUAUCCAAUUCAUGAGCAAAUUGCCCUACUGUCUGAUGGACUCUUGUACUCUGGAAAUACGUACAUGAUUAACAUUGACUACAUUGGCAAUCUAUCAGAUGGCUACCAUGGUUUUUACAAGGGCAGUUAUAAAACACAGAAUGGUGAAUUAAGAGUUUUGGCUUCUACGCAGUUUGAGCCCACUGCAGCACGCAUGGCAUUUCCAUGCUUUGAUGAACCCGCCUUCAAAGCCAAAUUUACAAUCAAAAUACAAAGAGAAUCAAGAUACAUUGCUCUCUCCAACAUGCCCAUCAUAAACUCUAUUAUUUUAGCUGAUGGACUCAUUGAGGAUCACUUUGAUGUGAGUGUCAAGAUGAGUACAUACCUUGUGGCCUUCAUUGUGGCAGAUUUCAAAUGCUUUACGAAAGAGACCAAGAGUGGAAUUAAGAUCUCUGUGUAUUCUGUUCCAGACAAGAUCAACCAGACUACUUUUGCACUCGAUGCAGCUGUGAAGCUCUUGGAGUUUUAUGAAGAUUAUUUUACUAUUCCAUACCCACUGCCAAAACAAGAUUUGGCAGCAAUCCCUGAUUUUCAGAUUGGGGCUAUGGAGAAUUGGGGCCUAACAACCUACAGAGAAACAGCUCUGCUUUACAACACCAAAACCUCUUCAGCUUCUGAUAAACUCAGGAUUACCAUGAUCAUAGCACAUGAGUUGGCUCACCAGUGGUUUGGCAACUUGGUGACCAUGGAGUGGUGGAAUGACCUAUGGCUGAACGAGGGAUUUGCCAGAUUUAUGGAAUAUGUCUCAGUGAACAUCACAUUUCCUGAGCUGCAAGUUAAUGAGUUCUUCUUGGACAAAUUUUUCAGUGCAAUGCAAGUGGAUGCUUUCAGUUCUUCGCAUCCAGUGUCAAGUCCAGUGGAAAAUCCUGCACAGAUCCAGGAAAUGUUUGAUGGGGUCUCAUAUGAAAAGGGAGCUUGCAUUCUGAACAUGCUGAUGGACUACCUGACGGAAGAAGUUUUCAAAGCCGGCACGAUCAGCUACCUUCGACGCUACAGCUAUGCAAAUGCAAAGAAUGAGGAUUUGUGGAAUAGUCUGACUAAUAUUUGUCAUUCUGAUGAUGCACAUGGAAGCAGGCUAAAUGUGCCACAAUUUUGCAAAAAAUAUUCAGCCCCGUCUCCUGGUUCACAUUGGUUCAUGGAAGAUAUCCUUGAUGUAAAAACAAUGAUGAAUACUUGGACGCUACAGAAGGGGUUCCCUUUGGUAACUGUUAGCAUGAAAGGAAGACAAGUCCUUUUACAGCAAGAGUACUUUCAGAAAGGCACUAAUAUCCAAGAUCCAAAUUCAGAAACUGCAAGUUAUUUGUGGCACAUUCCACUAACUUACAUCACAAGCAACUCUAACAUCAUCCAGAGACAUCUGAUGAAGACUAAAAAAGAUUUUAUCAUGCUCUCAGAGGAAGUGAGCUGGAUAAAGUUCAAUGUGGAUAUGAAUGGCUAUUACAUUGUGCAUUAUGAAAAUGACGGAUGGGAUGCAUUAAUCAAACUACUGAGGGAAAACCACACAUUCCUCAGUAGUAACGACCGAGCAAACCUUAUCAACAAUGCCUUUCAGCUUGUGAGUAUAGGGAAGGUCCCACUUGACAAAGCCCUUGCCUUGACGUUGUAUCUGAGGAAUGAAAUCGGCACCAUGCCAGUCUUCCAAGGCAUGAAUGAGCUCAUUCCCAUCUAUAAGCUUAUGGAGAAGAGGGAAAUGGUGGAGGUUGAAAAUCAAAUGAAGGCAUACAUAGUUGAUUUAUUUAAGAACCUGAUUGAUCAGCAAUCAUGGAGCGAUGAUGGUUCCAUUUCGGAACGGUUGCUACGUAGCACGCUACUGCUAUUUGCCUGCGUUCGCAAGUACCAGCCCUGUGUUGUCAAAGCAGAGGAAUAUUUCCGGAUAUGGAAGGAUUCCAAUGGUACUUUGAGGUUACCCACCGAUGUUGCAACAGCAAUCUAUGCAGUUGGAGCCCAGACACAAGAAGGAUGGGAAUUCCUGUUUGAGAAAUAUAGAUAUUCUCUCUUUAGUUCAGAGAAGAGCAAAAUUAGCACUGCCUUAACAAUCACCAACAAUACAGAAAACCUUCAGUGGUUAAUGGAUCAAAGUUUGGAAGGUGAUAUUCUCAAAACACAAGACCUGCCAUACAUCGUUAUUUUGGUGAGCAGAAACCCAAAAGGACAUCAUAUUGCUUGGGACUUUUUAAAGAAAAACUGGGACAAACUGGUUGAAAAGUUUGAACUUGGUUCACAAUCAAUUGCUUAUACAGUGACUGGUAUUCUAUCCCACUAUUCAACAAGGCCCAAGCUCGAAGAGGUCCAAAGGUUUUUUGAAUCUUUGAAGGACAACGGUUCACAGCUCCGGUGUGUUCAACAAGCAACGGAAACAAUUGAGGAGAAUAUCAAAUGGAUGGACAAGAACUUUGAUAAGAUCAGUACAUGGUUGGGGAGCUUAAAAUCUGAAGAGUAAUUCAAUGGCAAUAUCAAUUAACCACAACUCACUAGGUGUUGAAUAUGGUGCAAAACUCCUUUUGAUGACACUUGCAAUAAAAUUGACUGUGCAUAGAAGCCCCACACACAACAUUAGCCAUGCACUCUGAAGCAGGCCUUGUUUAGAGGCUUGGGGCCUAUUUCAGUCUAAUUUAGAGGGCAUCAACAUUACCUAAUCCCGUGCUGAGGAAUUUUUUUUUUAGUAAAUGCUCCCACCCCAAGCUCGCUGCCUUUGAUCUCAGGUUCCACUGACACUUUCGGCUCCCCAUUCUACUCACACCCGUGCUAUUGUUUCAUUAACAGACAUCAACAUCCUUUAUUUAAAUAUUCUCUUGCUCAAACCUAAAAUCCUUCCUGAUCUCCCUGAUCAUUUCUUCCAGGAUCCCCCUUCCUCUGUUGCACCCAUUUACCUCCAAUCCUUUCUCAAACUCACUUCCAAGAGCUCCAAUAUCGACAGGGGCUAGAUAUGAUGAUAUGCCUGAUUCAUUCUGCAACUGUUGUUCUAUUUUGUGUACA